AUGUCUAUGUUUAGAACUUUGCAAAGGCAGCCCCGUACCAUAUCCCUAUUCACACAUGAUUUGGAGAACAGCAGACCAUGUCUCAGUAUUCUCGAGUAUUUAAAGAGUCACACGACCAAUCGCUUUGACUUAGAGUUGAGCACCAAGUUUCCAACUUUGGACCAGGUACACUACAUGAACGCCAUCAACCCGAUGAUCCUGCGCGCACAGAUUCCGCAUCUCACCAAGAUCAUGAAAUUGAAGUCCUAUGACCCACUAUUUGGGUCACAACUAUCUGACUGUGUCACUAAGGGGUUCUGGAACAAAGAAGCACCAUUGUGGGUAGACUGGGAGAAGAAAGCACUGGGAACUGACCUACAGAGCAUAAAGGAACUAUUAGAAAAGGACUGA